AUGAAGUCCUUUUUGACUCUCUUCCUCAUUUUUUGCUUGGGUAAGAUCAAGAUUGUAGUUAAUGUUGUCAUCUGCUUAAUAUUAAACUCGUUUUUGUCUUGUACAAUAUAAUUUGUAAACAUUAUAAUUUUAGCCGGAAUUGCUUUCUCUUACCGUCGUAGACGCGACAGUUAUGAGACAGUGCCCAUCUAUGAGAUCGAAGAGGGCAGUUACGAACGUCCUUAUCGCCGCGACAACUACCGUUAUCCAUCCUAUAACAAGGGAAGCCGAUACAAUAACCGAAGAAAUGAUGACUACACAUACGAACCCAUCUAUGAGGUCUUCAAGUAG